GACCCCUAAUCGCCCUCUGCUGGCUUCCGAGGGCACCGAGUGGCGGUUGCACGACGGCUGCAUCGAUGGCGGCGAAAGGCCGGGAGCAGGAGGGGAACCGGUCGCGCUUCGUCUACGUGACUCGCUUCGGCUCGCACCAGUGCGGCGGCGUUCUGCAGCUGGGCGGCCGCCGGGCUCUGGGCCCGUGGAGUCCCGGGUUCGGGGCUGGCCGCCGUCAAGCAGGGGCUCGGGCGGUGGCGGCAGGGACCCCGGGCGGCACGGAGCCGCCCGCCGGCUCCCGGCCCAGGUCUCCUGAGGCCUCCUCCCCGGCGCGGGCGUCGAACGUGCGGAGCAGAUCCCGGCCCACGGCCGGUGGAGGUGCCACAAAGGGUUUAACUCAGAAGAAUUUAGCUAAAAAAUUUGACUUCCCCGUACCUUUGAACGAAGCUUCCAAAAUAAUGAAGAAAAAGAAAAAGGUUUCAGUAUGGAAUGGAGUGUACAAAGUGAUUUCUAAAAUGCUUGAAGAAAAUGAAAAAUACAGACUCAGGCUGAAAUGCCAGCAAUUAUCUAGGGAAAAUUCAAAUUGUACAAGAUGAUUCUUCUUUUCAUCUUCUGCUAAGAAUCCACUUAGACAACAAGUAAAAGGAUUAACCUAUCUUUGGAUCUGUUUACCAAAGAAGAUUAUGAAGAAUUUAAAGAUGGAACUUUAAAUUGAAUCAUUAUAGGUUAAUUUUGUUGUGUUUUGUUGGAAUUGGGACUUAAUAAUCGAAUAGAAAAAACUAUGUUCUUUAUACAUUAGUAGUAUUGCUUUGCAAACUAAUAAAACAUUUAGUUAAAUAUUGUUAUAAUAUGCAUGCAAGUGUUAUUUUUAGAGUUAAUACUUAUUCCAUACUCAUUCAAAUCAAUAUUUUAUAUAAAAUUUAAAUUAGCAUGUCAGUAUAAUUGCAUGCAUUUAAAAUUGCCAACUUUUCCCUUUUGUUAAUGUCUGCAACUGCCACUUUAUUCACCCCUUCAUAUAGAUUUAACUUAAACAGCUAGGGUUUGUGGUAACAUGCUCUUCUUAGAACCUGUUUCCUAUUGAGGGACACAUUGCUUGGGUGAAUGGGCCCUUCCUACCAUGCAGUGUCCAAAGGUGCCCUGACAAGGAGGGUCAUGCAACUUCUUUGGGGGUGCACUGGGCAAAUUUCAGGCUCCUAAAUUUUUGCUAGGUUCCUGGACACAUGU